CUGGGAAGUGCGCCUGCGCUCUCACUCCAGGCUGGGCGUUCGUAGAGCGGCAUCUCUUCCAGUUUAUUCUUUCAAUGAGCGAAAGAGACAGAGAGAUAGCACCCCUAAGGGGGUCUUGAUGCCGAGAUCCACCCCUGGCUUCAGCCAGCCCUGGAUCACCAGCACAGAUGGAAAACAGAUAAGGAAGAAUCUGAAAUUCGAUUCAAAAAGACGAUAGAGGUGAUAAAAGAUAAAGUCUUUUUUAGUCUGGUUUUUUUAACAAAGGAAACUGACUUGAGAUAAUUUACCAUGAAAUCAGAAUUGGAAUUUGUUAUUUACUCCAGGCAAGAUCUGUAGACCACAUAAAGAUUCUUCAGAAUUUUUCAACCAUUAGUUUACACCCAGAUAAUUUCAGAAUGUCCAGCAAGGAAGUGAAGACUGCUCUAAAAAGUGCUAGAGAUGCAAUCAGAAACAAAGAGUACAAAGAAGCCUUGAAACAUUGUAAGACGGUGUUAAAACAAGAGAAAAAUAACUACAAUGCCUGGGUUUUCAUCGGUGUUGCUGCAGCUGAGCUAGAACAACCUGAUCAGGCCCAGGGCGCCUAUAAGAAAGCUGCCGAAUUGGAGCCAGACCAGUUGCUGGCUUGGCAGGGUUUAGCAAGCUUGUAUGAAAAAUGUAAUCACAUAAAUGCUAAGGAUGACUUACCUGGUGUUUACCGAAAGCUCCUGGAUCUUUAUGAAAGUGUUGACAAACAGAAAUGGUGUGAUGUCUGCAAGAAACUUGUGGAUCUGUAUUACCAAGAAAAGAAACACCUAGAGGUGGCUCGGUCAUGGCAUAAAUUAAUAAGGACACGGCAGGAAGAAGGUGCAGACAAUGAAGAGCUUUGCCAGCUCUGGAGGAAAUUGACUCAGCUGUUGGCUGAGAGUACCGAGGAUCAGAAUAAUGAAACCCAGCAGUUGCUUUUAACUGCAUUUGAGAAUGCUCUGGACUUGACAGAUAAAAUUCCUAGUGAAGAUCACCAACUACUUUAUAGGCAGUUCAUUCAGUGUUUAUCCAAAUUUCCUCAUGAGACUGCUAGGUUGAAGAAGGCCUGUGAAGGGAUGAUAAACCUGUAUCCCACUGUACAGUACCCAUUGGAAGUGCUUUGUUUGCAUUUAAUUGAAUCAGGAAGUGUCACUGAUGAGGGACAACAGUAUUGUUGUAGACUAGUGGAGAUGGAUUCCAGAAGUGGCCCAGGCCUCAUUGGCUUAGGUAUUAAAGCAUUACAAGACAGAAAGUUUGAAGAUGCCAUUGGAAACCUAACAGAAGGAUUAAAGGAAAGCCCUCUCUGUACCAUUGGAUGGUAUCAUCUGGCAGAAGCACAAGUCAAAAUGCAUAGGCAUAAGGAAGCUGUCCUUUCUUGCAAUCAAGCUCUGAAGAACAUAGAUAAUCUCUCUCUGGUUGGUGGCAGUCUUCAGCAGAAGACCCUCUGUCUCCAGUUGAAGGCAGAGGCUUUGAUCAAGCUCUCAGAUUACGAAUCUUCAGAGGAAGCACUUCGUACUCUCGAUCAGGCUUCUGAUGCAAAUAAUAUCCCAGGACUCUUGGUUCUCAAAAGCUUGGCCUAUCUGAACAAAGGCUCACUAGAUGAAUCUACAAAGAUUAUGGAAGAUCUCCUCUCUUCUUACCCUGAACUAGUUGAAGCUCGUGCCCUUGAGGCUUUGAUUCAUUUUACCAAAAAGGACUAUUUGCAAGCAGAAAAAUGUUUUCAGAGAGUGCUUGAGAAAGAUCCUGAAGUUGCUGAAUAUCAUUACCAACUUGGGUUAACGUACUGGUUCAUGAGUGAAGAAACAAGAAAAGAUAAAACAAAGGCUCUUACCCAUUUUCUGAAGGCUGCAAGACUGGAUACAUACAUGGGCAAAGCUUUCUGCUACUUAGGCCACUAUUACAGAGAUGUUGUGGGAGAUAAGAGCAGAGCCCGUGGGUGUUACAGGAAAGCUUUUGAACUCGAUGACACUGAUGCUGAGUCUGGAGCCGCAGCGGUUGACCUCAGUGUGGAGCUUGAAGAUAUGGAAACUGCCUUGGCUGUCCUAACAACAGUAACUCAAAAGGCAAGUGCUGGAACAGCAAAAUGGGCGUGGCUCAGGCGAGGACUAUACUAUUUGAAAGCUGGUCAGCAUUCUCAAGCAGUGGCUGAUUUACAGGCAGCGUUAAGAGCAGACCCGAAGGACUUCAAUUGUUGGGAGUCCCUAGGAGAGGCGUACCUCAGCAGAGGUGGCUAUACUACAGCCUUGAAAUCCUUCACCAAAGCCAGCGAGCUGAACCCAGAAUCCACAUACAGCGUGUUUAAGGUUGCAGCAAUACAGCAAAUCCUGGGCAAAUACAAGGAGGCCGUAGCUCAGUACCAGCUGAUCAUUAAAAAACAAGAAGAUUAUGUGCCUGCUUUGAAAGGCUUGGGCGAAUGCCAUCUUAUGAUGGCAAAAACAGCACUAGUUGAUUAUCUUGAUGGGAAAGCUGUAGACUACAUAGAAAAAGCACUGGAAUAUUUUACUCGGGCCCUACAGCAUCGAGCUGAUGUGUCCUGCCUUUGGAAGCUGGUGGGCGAUGCUUGCACCAGUCUGCAUGCUGUCUCACCAGCUAAAGUGCACGUGCAUGUUUUAGGAGUCCUUCUGGGCCAGAAAGAGGGAAAACAAAUACUAAAGAAAAAUGAGCUUCUCCACCUUGGAGGAAGGUGUUACGGUCGUGCAUUAAAGCUGAUGUCUACAUCUAAUACAUGGUGUGACCUUGGGAUUAAUUAUUAUCGCCAAGCACAGCACCUAGCAGAAACAGGCAGCAGCACGGAUGAUCUUCAAGAGUUGCUGGAUAAAUCUUUACAGUGUUUGAAAAAGGCAGUGAGACUCGACAGUCGCAAUCACUUACACUGGAAUGCGCUUGGUGUGGUUGCCUGUUACAGUGGUAUUGGGAAUUAUGCCCUUGCUCAGCACUGUUUCAUCAAAUCAAUUCAGUCAGAACAAAUUAAUGCUGUUGCAUGGACCAACCUGGGAGUAUUAUAUCUUGCAAAUGAAAACAUUGAGCUAGCUCAUGAAGCUUUCAAAAUGGCUCAGUCACUUGAUCCAUCUUAUCUAAUGUGCUGGAUUGGACAAGCUCUUAUCGCAGAGACGGUUGGAAGUUAUGACACCAUGGAUCUCUUCAGGCAUACGACAGAACUUAGUAUGCAUACGGAAGGAGGACUAGGCUAUGCAUACUGGGUCUGCACAACACUGCAAGAUAAAAGCAACAGAGAGACAGAGCUGUACCAGUACAACAUCCUGCAGAUGAACGCUGUCCCGGCAGCCCAGGUCGUCCUGAGCAAGUACAUAGAAAGAACUCAGAAUUAUGCUCCAGCUUUCACAAUGUUGGGUUAUUUAAAUGAACAUCUACAACUGACAAGGGAGGCAGCCGAUGCGUACCAAAGGGCAAUUUUGUUGUUACAGACUGCAGAAGACAGAGAUACUUACUAUGUUACACUAAGAAAUUACGGCAGAGUGUUAUGUUCCAUCGGUGAAUAUGAUAAAGCGAUCCAGGCUUUUAAGUCAACACCCCUUGAAGAGUUGGAAGACAUCAUAGGUUUUGCAUUGGCUUUGUUUAUGAAAGGGCUAUAUAAAGAGAGCAACAAAGCCUAUGAGAGAGCCUUGUCGAUUGUUGAAUCAGAACAAGACAAAGCCCAUAUCAUGACAGCUCUGGCAAUAACAGAAUACAAACAAGGAAAAAUGGAUGUAGCCAAGACACUGCUGUUUAAAUGCUCUAUUUUAAAGGAGCCAACCACAGAAAGCCUUCAAGCCCUGUGUGCUCUAGGACUGGCCAUGCGGGAUGCUACGCUGUCAAAAGCAGCACUUAAUGAGUUACUGAAGCACGACAAGCGCCGAGACAGCAAUUACCCACGGUGCCUUCUCACUUCAGCCAUUUACGCCCUGCAGGGCCGCAGCGUGGCGGUGCAAAGACACAUAUCCAAAGCCGUUCACAGUAACCCAGCUGACCCUGCUCUUUGGUCUCUGUUGUCCCGAGUUGUUGCUCAGUAUACUCAACGAAAUGCGAAGGGAGGUGCUGUAGCAGGAAAUGUGGCUCAUAUUCUGGAUUCAAAUCAUGGAAAGAAGGCGUUACUGUACACUGCAGUGAAUCAGUUGGCCAUGGGAAGCAGUUCAGCAGAAGAGGAAAAGAUCACUGCACUGAAGACCAUCCAGAGGGCAGCUCUUCUUUCUCCAGGUGACCCUGCUGUCUGGGCCGUGCUCAUGGCCGCGUGUUAUGCUGACGAUGAACUGGCUUUAGUGAACAGCACUGAGCCCAAGAGGAUGGAUUUAUAUUUGGCACUGUUGUCUGCUGUUUCUGCUUCAAUUAAAGACAAAGAAUUCUUUGAAAAUUACAACCAAUCUCUUGAAAAGUGGUCCCUCUCACAAGCUGUCACUGGUCUAAUAGACACAGGAAGAGUAUCCGAGGCCGAAGCACUGUGCACAAAGAACUUAAAAAGUAACCCUGAUCAGCCAGCUGUCAUCCUGCUCCUGAGACAAGUUCAGUGUAAACCGCUCCUGGAGUCCCGAAAGCCGCUUCCAGAUGCUGUGCUUGAAGAGCUGCAGAAAGCAGUCAUGUCCAACUCAAGCUCUGUGCCGGCUUGGCAGUGGCUGGCACACGUGUAUCAGUCCCAAGGAAUGAUGGGUGCUGCAGAGAUGUGUUACAGAAAGAGCCUGCAGGUGGCGUCCCAGCAGGGCAGCUGGAGUGGGAAGCUCUCAAGUCUGUUGAGGCUAGCCCUGCUUGCAUUGGAAGUCUGCAUGGCUAAUAUUCCCAAUGAUCACUGGCCCUCCCUGGUACAAGAAGCUACAACUGAGGCCUUGAAACUUUGCUUUUGCCCGCUGGCUGUUCUUUUACAAGCUUUGCUACAAUUCAAUCGCAAAAUGGGGGCAAGAGAGACACGGCGCCUUUUGGAGAGAGUGGUGUACCAGCCUGGGUAUCCCAAAUCCAUUGCAUCAACUGCACGUUGGUACCUGCUGAGACACUUACAUGCCAAAAAUGACUAUCAGCUGAUUGAAGUACUUGUAAAGAAUGCUGAAAUUCAAGGAGAUAAAAGGGCAUUGGAACUGAAUCAGAAGUUGUCCUCCUCACAAUAACUGUGAAUUAUUAUUUUAUAUUAUGGAAACAGAGACAUUGAGAGAAGAAAGCAGUGAAUCAAGACUUUUCCCUAAAGCAACAUUUUUAAAAUCUAUAGUUAUAAUCAUUUAUUUCUUUUUAUUUUAAAAUCUGCAGAAGUUGUUUUUAAAUUAAGGAUGUAAUUUCCCCUUAACUCUUUAAUCUUAUUUUAAUCUGAGAAACGUCUUUGAUUUGAGAAGUCCACCAUGAAAACCAUGUUUACCUUCAUUACUCAACAGUUAUUUGCCAACCAUUAUUUUCUGCAUCUUGCAUGAUGCACAAUAGGAUAUGUUUUUGUAAUCUCUCACAAUAAAGCCUUAAUAGCCAUUUAAAAAAUAAUAUGCAAAAGCAGAUUAGUGCCACGUAGAAUUUUCAUUUCUUAAAAGCACAUUUGAAGAUUUAACUCCUCUGACUUCUGGGGUUCAGACCAACUCCUCAUAAAAUCUCAUCUUGUAACUUAUUUUGCUAGUGGUUCAUCCCAAAUUCUGUUGCAGAAGCGCAUUGUAAAU